CGUCCUCUCAGUCUGUGGGAACUGAAGCUGGCUGCGGCGACCGCUGUGGAACAGCGGCGGGGCGCGGGGGUCUGGACAGAGGCUGCGGAGUCGGGCGACCCGCUGAGCGUCAUGGAGAGCUCAGGGGAGCAGCCGGACCCACAGCCACCGCACCCCGGGGACCACCGCAUCCGCGACGGCGACUUCGUGGUGCUGAAACGGGAAGAUGUGUUCAAAGCAGUGCAAGUUCAGCGUAGAAAAAAAGUAACUUUUGAAAAACAGUGGUUCUAUCUGGAUAACGUCAUUGGCUAUAGUUAUGGAACCACAUUUGAAGUGACCAGUGGAGGAAGUCUUCAGCCUACGAAGAAAAAGGAAGAGCCUACUUCAGAGACCAAAGAAGCGGGCACUGAUAAUCGAAAUAUAGUUGAUGACGGGAAAUCUCAGAAACUUACUCAAGAUGACAUAAAAGCUUUAAAGGACAAGGGCAUUAAAGGAGAGGAAAUAGUUCAGCAAUUAAUUGAAAAUAGCACAACAUUCCGAGACAAGACAGAAUUUGCUCAAGAUAAAUAUAUUAAAAAGAAGAAAAAGAAAUAUGAAGCCAUCGUUACUAUUGUGAAGCCAUCCACCCGCAUCCUUUCAAUUAUGUAUUAUGCCAGAGAACCUGGAAAAAUUAACCACAUGAGAUAUGAUACACUAGCCCAGAUGUUGACAUUGGGAAAUGUUCGUGCUGGCAAUAAAAUGAUUGUAAUGGAAACGUGUGCAGGCUUAGUGCUGGGUGCAAUGAUGGAACGAAUGGGAGGUUUUGGCUCCAUUAUUCAGCUGUACCCUGGAGGUGGCCCAGUUCGGGCAGCAACAGCAUGUUUUGGAUUUCCGAAAUCUUUCCUCAGUGGUCUUUAUGAAUUCCCCCUCAACAAAGUGGACAGUCUCCUAAAUGGGACAUUUUCUGCUGAGAUGUUGUCUUCAGAGCCAAAAGAGGGUGCUUCGGUUGAAGAAAGUAAUGGCACACUGGAGGACAAACAGACUUCAGAACAAGAGAAUGAAGACAGCAUGGCAGAGGCCCCAGAUAGCAGUCACCCCAAAGAACAAGAAACUAUGGAAAUUGUCUCUCAAGAUCCAGAGUAUAAGGAGCCUAAAGAGAGAGGAAGUAAAAAGGAUUAUAUUCAGGAAAAGCAGAGAAGACAAGAAGAGCAGAGGAAAAGACACUUAGAGGCUGCUGCUCUGCUGGGUGAAAGGAAUGCAGAUGGUUUAAUUGUAGCCAGUCGUUUCCAUCCCACCCCACUGCUGCUGUCGUUGCUGGACUUCGUGGCCCCUUCAAGGCCGUUCGUGGUCUACUGUCAGUAUAAAGAGCCUCUGUUGGAGUGCUACACAAAACUGCGGGAAAGAGGAGGGGUCAUCAACCUCAGACUGUCUGAAACCUGGCUCAGAAAUUACCAGGUUUUGCCAGAUCGAAGUCAUCCCAAACUACUGAUGAGUGGAGGUGGGGGAUACCUUCUCUCAGGCUUCACUGUUGCCAUGGACAGCCUUAAAACAGAUCCCAGUCUCAAAUCCAACUCAAGCACUUUAGAAUUACACAAGACUGAAGAACCAGCAGCUAAAAAACGGAAAUGCCCAGAGUCUGACUCUUAACCUUUCAAAAUUUGCUUUGAUUUUUGUUCUCAGGCAUUAUACAUUUAGUAAUUAAACUUUAAAUGUUAUUACUAAUUGGUUUUUCAUAUCCUAAGAAAUAAGAUCAUGUGUUCACACCUGUUCCUGGGAAAGAUAAAUAACCUUUUACUCACCUCUGACAGAUGGGCUGGUCUGUGAAAAUCUUGAGCCAAGAUACCCACGCCUGGGCUGUGCAGUGGACUAAGAUGUGGCCAAGUCUGUUUGUUUCACCACAAUGCCCUCAGUAUUUUAGUACUCUGUGCAGGUAUCCUGAAAAUUUAGACAUCCUAAAAAUAUAUUUAUAUAAGACUUUGUUUAUGUGUUAAGCUAAGCCGAAUAAUACAGGAUAGCUAAAACUUGGUGGGUAAAGGAAGGAAUUUGUGGAAGAAAUUUCCCUGUUCAUUCCACUCUGUUACUUAAGCAAUACAGAUGUAUGAGUGUGUUAGAUUUACAGUACCAAAAAUGUCCACCCUGUCCCCUACAGUGGAAGAAACCUUUUUACAAUUCCAGAUUUUUUUAUUUUAAUAGUUGACAACCUAGAGAAGUUCAAGUAUUUAUUUUGUUGCUUUUUGUUGUUGUUGUUGAUAGAAAGGUGUAGUAUGGUACUUUUUGCAUUAGUUUACCAAUCUCAUUCUUUGUUCUAAGUUAAGUGAUCAGAAGUUUUGCAUACUAUUCAGUUAAAGGAAAGAAAGAGUUUUUCCCCUCUCCAGAGGCUUAUGGAGAUAGGUGUAUACACAUACAUAUGUACAGUAAGUCCUCAUUUAACGUCAGUAGAUUCUGUGACUAAGCAAAAACGAUGUAUAUCGAAACCAAUUUUACCAUAGGCUAGUUCAUAGAAACAAGAAUUAAGUUCUCUAGCAUCUCAUCGAUGUUAUAAUGAAAUGAUAUUGAGCAAGCCGAUGUUACUCGAGGACCUUCUGUAUGUGGAUGCUGGUAUAUACUCAUACAUAUAGAUAUUUAUACAUACACACACAGAGAGACAGAAUGCAUUAUCUCUGUGAACUCUGACAAUGUUUAGCACAGGGCUUAGACCAGCUCUCAUUGCAUUAGUGUCACUCCUUGUCAAAUGUAUUUUAAAGUGCCUUUUUCGGUGAUUAUUAAUGCUGGUUUGUUGAGUCUGGCAUGAUUAGGUGGUCUUUCUAAGCUCUGAAAAAAUAUAAUCACAUUAUUUGGUCAUGUGCUGCAACCAAGAAAAGUGUUUAAAGUAAGCCAAGGCUUUUGUGCGUGAGUCUUGCUCGCUGAACGCGCUCAUUGUGUGUGUUGCUCACAUCGUUACAGUAUCGAUAGAUGUAGAUCACCCAGCGAGGAGCAUCAGAGAAAAAGAACUUGCUUUUCCUAAUGGCAUGUACUAUUCUGAUAAUGGCCAAUGUGAUUACCAAGUACAGUUUUUAUUCCCUUUUAUUAAAACAAUUGUUUUUAAAGAAUAAAAGUGUU